GGUGGGGUGCGGGGCGGUGGUGGCGCAGCUUGCUGCCGCGUGGGCCGCCCCUCCUGGUGCCCGGGGCGCCUUCGCCGCCUACUUCGCGGCGGCCGCCGCGCAGCGCGAGAGGCGGGUGGGGGAGAACCCGCCGGCGAGGCGCCGGGGCGCGCGCGGCUGAGCCGUGCUCCGCCCGUGCCGUGUCUUGCGCGCUGGUGUGCUUUACGUGUGAGGCGUACCUCCCCAACCCUACCGGGCUGAUCAGCGAGGUGGACUGCAUCGACGAGAUGGUGAUGCUCGUUGCGCCCGGCAAGCGCGACCAGUCGGACCUCCUGCGUCGCAUCGCGGUGCCGAAAUCCUGGUCUAUCCAGGUCUCUUUCCUAGCGGGAGGGUGGGUGGGAGAGGGAAACGCAAUGCUGGAGAAGUUGGUUGGAGGUCCGCUGGCGGCGCCCCCGCGUCGCGCCGAGAGGGCGGUGAGGAAGGCACAGCUGAAGAGCAUUCGUCCGGUUUUUUUUUGUUUGGUUUUCCAGCCUUUUCCUCUUAGCUUUUAUUUUCUUCCGCUUUCACGUUCCUAA